AUGUCCGGCACCUCCGACGAUGCGGAGCUGACGGCGCUCGUGGAGGGCCUCGGCAGCCACUUCCGCGAGGCGCUGGGGGCGCCGAGCGGGCUGCCGGGCUUCAAGGUCCGCUCUACGGCGAUAUCUCUGAGCAGGGGCGGGACCCAAGCCUACAGUGAGGCCUCGGCGAGGAACUCCAUCCAGGAGCUGUCAAAGCAAUCUCCGGACCCGGAGCGUCUCCGCGCGGUGCACCAGCGUCUUGCCGCCCGCUCCCCACGCGGCCUCGCCAACUUCGUGUGCACGCUCGAGCAGGUCGCGCGGCUCGACCGCACCGUCCUCUCCACCCUCUCCAUCGCGUCCAGGGCGCGCGCGGCCCGCGACGCCCUCCGCGCGGGCGCCCCCAGCACGCCCCCGGCCUCCCCGCCGCGCCCGCUCCCCACCGACCCGCCCUCGCACGCGCGACCCUCCCCGCCGCCGCACCCGAGCCUCCUCGACGACUCCCUCCGCUCCAUCCCCUCCGCCGCGGCCACGCCCGCGCGCGCCCCACCCGCGCCCGCCCCGCCCCCGCACCGCACCACACCGGACACGUCGCCGUCCCUCGAGUGGAUCGGCGGGCAGCGGUUCGCGGCGGUCACGAACCCGGUCUUCGGCACCGCGCAGCCAGCGCCCGCGGCGGUCCUCGACCCGCAGUUCGAGGCCGUCGGGGACCUCCUCGACGCGCAGGGUGCUCACAAGCGCAGCGGCAUCGCUGCGGGGCGACCGUACCUCACGGGCGACCACCUGCUCGCCGGGCUGCUCGGAGGGGACGCGGACGGCGCGGGGGCGCGGCAGUGGGGCGUGCGGGAGCUCGACGAGGCCGGGCUGGGCGCUCCGGAGGCGCAGGAGGCGGUGCUUGUCGACGACGUGCUGAGCGCGAUGGCGGGGCUCGAGGGGCGGCUGGUGUCGCUGGUCGCGGGGGACUCCGGGCGCGGCGCGGCGUUCCAGGUCGCCGCGGGCGUCGAGCGGCCGCUCGCGGAGCUGUGCGGGCGCAUCCUGCCCGCGUGCGAGAGCGCGCUGCUCGUGCGGCGGUUCUGUCAGACCAGGCGCGCGUGGGGGUCCCAACACUCGCAAGGGUUGGUGAGUCAGGCGCUCGCGGCGGCGCUGGAGAAGGUCCUCGCGGAGUGGGCGGCGCUCACGUCGAAGAUGGAGCACCAGCAGCGCCUCGGCCGCCUCUCCCUGCAGUCGGCGCUGCUGUUCGUGCAGCCCGCCAUGCACGGCCUGCACGUGGCGGCGUCCCUCGCGGCCACCGCGGCCGAGAAGUCCCUGCGCGGCGGCGCGCUGCUCGACCUCCUCGGCGCGCUCCGCAGCGCCAACGCCGGCGACGCGUCCGUGCACGCGGUCCUGCACGCGCUGUGGGUUGCGGCGGCGCGGCCCUACCUGAUGAUGCUGGACCGCUGGCUGUCCGAGGGCGUGCUGGAGGACCCGUACGAGGAGUUCAUGGUGCGGGAGGACACGCACGUGCAGCCGCGGGACAUGUCGAGCGACCCGUUCGCGGACUGGUGGGCGGGGCGGUUUGUGCUGCGCGGGAGCAACAGCGUGCCCAAGGUGCUCGCGGGGAUGGCGGACCAGAUCCUGGCGACCGGGCGCACGCUCGCGGUGGCGCGGCUGGACGCGGAGAGCGCGGGCGGGGCGCAGGCGGGGCCGCAGGGGCUGGCGCGGGUCGGCGGCGGCGCGUCGGCGAGCGACUGGGUCGGGGGCGCGCCGGACGCGCGUUCGAUCAGGGACGCGAUCGAUGCGGCGCACGGCGCGGCGUGCGCGAAGGCGAUGGCGCGGCUGCGGGAGGGCGUCGACCUGGAGGGCCGGCUGCGGACGAUGCGGGCGGUGUUCCUGAUGUCGGCGGGGGACUUCAUAACACACCUCCUGGACACGUGCUCCGAGGAGCUCUGGCAGCCCAUGCACCGCGUGUCGCUGCCGCGCCUGCAGCGCCUCGUCGAGGCGGCCGUUCGGUCCACCUCCAUCGCGUCGGACGCGUACGCAGAAGACGUGCGCGUGAGGCUCGAGACAGACAGUCUGACGCGGCAGCUGCGGCGGGCGUUCGCCGAGGGACGCGCCGCUGCGCCCGCGCCGUACGUGCCGUCUGGUCAGGACGGUCGCCGGGGGCUGGAGACGUUCGCCCUGGAUGCGCAGGCGCCAUGGCCUGCAUCGCUCGUGCUCCACCGGCGCGCGCUGGACAAGUACAAGAUCAUAUUCCGGCACUUCCUGUUCUGCAAGAGCCUGGAGCGGCGGCUGUGCGGCGCGGUCGCGCGCCUGCGGCUCCUGCGCGGCACGGGCGGCCCGGCGUACGCCGGGAUGUCGGCCGCACAGCGCGGCCUGCGGUCGAUGGCCCACGUCGUGCGCGAGUACCUCUCCUUCGUGACGCUCGAGGUGGUGGAGCCGGAGUGGGAGAAAAUGGUGGAGCGCGUGCGCGCCGCGACGUCGCCCGACGAGGCCGCGCGGCACCACGAGAGCUUCCUUGACACGUGCCUGUCGCUGUCGCUCCUGCACCGGCCCGCGAGCGGCCGCCGCGGACAAGCGCUGGUGCGCUUGUACGACGUCCUGACAGUGUGCGACACGGCGCUGGCGCCGACGGAGAGCGACAUCAAGGAGGCAGAGGAGCGCGCGGCGCGUGCUGAUGCGGGGCGGCACGGGGCCGCGGAGGACGGCGCGCGCGCGGUGACGACGCGGCUGGCGGCGCUGGUGGGGAGCGCGGCCUUUGCGGAGCGCUGGGUCGCGUCGGAGGAGGGGCUGACGCGCAGCAUGCGGGCGCUGCUGGAGCAGCUGCACAAGGAGACCAUGGUGAGCCCCGUGCUCUCGAACCUGGUGAGUCGACUGGACUGGAACCAGUACUUCUCGACUGCGGGUGCGGGGCGCGGUGGCGCUGCGGGCGUGCGGCACGCGAUGCCCAACGGCGGGCCCGCGACUGCCGUGGCGUCGUGA